UUUGGCCAGCUCGGAACUCUGCAAACCUACAGGGUCUGUCUGAAUUUUGGACUCUCUGGGAGAACUGCUCAUUGACCGGCUGCUGACGUGGGAUCUAACCAUGUAUAUACAGGGGCUUCUCAGCUUGGGUCUGCUUCUGUUGAUGCCUUCCCUGAUUAUUCUGCUGCCUGCAGUUCCACAAAGUUUCUCCUUGUCCCUGCGGAGUGGUUUGGGAAGUGCCUCCUCUUGCCGAUUGUCCCAGGCUGAGUCCGAGCGCAGGUGUCGAUUCCCAGGUGGAAAACUGUGCAGCGGCAGAGGCCAUUGCGACUGUGGGGUUUGCAUCUGCCAAGUAACAGAGCCGGGGAAAUACUAUGGGCCACUGUGUGAAUGCCAUGAGUGGGUGUGUGAAACUUACGAUGGAGAGACUUGUGCAGGCCACGGGAGGUGUGACUGUGGAAAGUGCAAAUGCGAGGAAGGCUGGUAUGGUGACGCCUGCCAGUACCCAGUGACCUGCAAUCUUACACGGAAGAAAAGUAAUGAAAUGUGCAAGAACUCUCAAGAUAUCAUCUGCUCAAAUGCAGGAAAUUGCCAUUGUGGCAGGUGUAGAUGUGACAACUUAGAAGGAAAUGGGUUAAUCCAUGGUAAAUAUUGUGAAUGUGACGACAGGGAAUGCAUAGAUGAAGAAACGGGAGAGAUGUGUACAGGCCAUGGAAAGUGUUACUGUGGAAACUGUUACUGUGAGGCUGGUUGGCAUGGCGAUAAAUGUGAACUCCAGUGUGACAUCACCCCAUGGGAGAUCAAGAAGAGAUGCACAUCUCCAGAUGGAAAAAUCUGCAGCAAUAGAGGUACCUGUGUAUGCGGUGAGUGUACGUGUCAUGACGUUGACCCAACUGGAGACUGGGGAGAUAUUCAUGGAGACACUUGUGAGUGCGAUGAACGAAACUGCAAGGCACUCUAUGACAGAUACUCAGAUGAUUUCUGUUCAGGUCAUGGACAAUGUAAUUGUGGAAGAUGUGACUGUAAAGAAGGAUGGGUAGGGAAGAAGUGUGAACAUCCCCGUUCUUGUCCCAUAUCAGCAGAAGAGAGUGCAAAAAAAUGUCAAGGAAGCUCGCAUUUACCUUGCUCUGGAAGAGGGAAAUGUGAAUGUGGCCAAUGCACUUGUUUCCCACCAGGAGAUUCCAGAAUAUAUGGUAAAAUCUGUGAGUGUGACAACCGACAGUGUGAAGACAUACAUGGCCAUGUCUGUAGCGGUCACGGGAUCUGUUCCUGUGGUAGGUGUAUUUGUAAGGACGGAUGGUUCGGGAAGUUGUGUCAACAUCCAAGAAAGUGCAACAUGACAGAAAAUGAGAGCAGAAGUUUUUGUGAAUCAGCAGAUGACACAAUGUGCUCUGGAAAAGGUUCUUGUCACUGUGGAAAGUGCGUCUGUUCACCACAGGAAUGGUAUAUUACUGGGGAGUUCUGCGAAUGUGAUGACAGAGACUGUGACAAACACGAUGGCCUCAUUUGCACAGGAAAUGGUAUAUGUAGCUGUGGGAACUGUGAAUGCUGGGAAGGUUGGACAGGAAACGCGUGUGAAAUCUGGCUUGGGACAGAGUACCCCUAAUAAUAUCAUGGACGAUGGAAGAUCAAAGGAUUUCUGGUUUGGUGGAGCUGUUUUUUUUUUAAUUACUAGUCGGGCUGCUAGAAUACUAAACUGAAAGACAAAAUUUAAUGAAACCAUACAAAAUCCACCACUGGAAAUAAGCAAUGCAUCAGAGUUUUUCUUUUUUAAUUCCAAACAUCUAUCCGAUGUUCUGAUUCUGUUCUCAACGCAUUCAAUGAGAGCAAGAUGGAAACCGUCCAAUAUCACUCAGAAUAAAGUAUAUAAUAUAAAAAUGCCAUACAUAAUCUUUGCUGGAAAUUGCACAGAAAAGAUGCAUUGUAUAAUGUAGUUGGUUAUUGAAUUUCAGCUUCAUUGUAUAGCAAAGACUGCAUUUAUAUGAAAAGAGUAAGCUACUUCAGCAGUGUAUAAAAGAUUUCAGAUUCAGUGAGGAAUACAAAGCGUGUAACCUAUUUGACCAUAAUCAGUAUACAUAGACACCCCACCUCCAGUAAAUUGUUUCUGCACCCAUCGUGACUCACAGUGCAAUUCUAAGUUAGUUACACCCUUCUUAAACCCAUUGAUGUCAAUGGAAUUAGAAGAGGGUAUCUCUGUUCAGGAUUGCAUUGUUGAGCUAUGCUCCUCCAGGUGACCAUGGGAGUGGAGAGGAGGACGUGCAAAGGAGUCCCUUGCUGCACAAAGUGGUUGUUUCCUUCCAUGGGAGUUGUUCAGAACUAAAAUUAUUUAACUGUAUCUUGUUCUGUGUUCGGUUAGCGAUUUUUGGCACGUGUUGCAAACAUGUUCAUGGGGUUUCAAUGCUGUGCGUCUUCAUCUUUCUUCUUUACACUGAUUUGCCCUCCUUGCUCUUUAUCCUAUCUUUUGUGAUGAUUUGUGUGAUUUUCCAAGGAUAUCAUGAGGCUAUGUCUGUCAUCAUAACAUAAAGAAUGUUCAUAAAUAUCACAUGGAUUAUUAGGGUCUGUCUGGACCACAUGGCAAGAUGGGCUGCACAUGGGCAAAGGAAGAGAGGGCAUGCUCUUGACAAGCAGCAGCGGGAAAGGGAAGAGCGCCAAUACCAUGAAACAAGAUUGGUGAGGUGUGCGUUUUAUUUCCCCAUUCUGUUGGGCAUGAUAAAAUAUUCUGCUUUUAAGCGGAGUAUUAAAAUCAUGGAAAAUUCGGUGCCACCUUACACAAAAUAGGGAUUGAGUUUCAAGAAGCAAAAUCCAAACACAAGAGCUGUGUAAUGCAUCCUGUCAGGACCAACCAAAACAACACAGAGUAGUGUGGAAGUUAAAAGGGAGUGGGGUGGGAGAGAAGAUGCUUCAGGCCAUGAUGAUGUUUCAGGCUCAUCUGGUGAGACUCCUGUGUGGAAUUCAGGCAGAAGCACCAUUUCGCAGCUGCAUACCUGCUCAGGCCUCAAGAUCAGAGCCUGAAACAUCUUUUGUUCCUCUCCCUUCUUGAGAACCUCAAAGCUUUCUCACUAUUUUAUGUUACAUUGCUUGGGGUUAUUAAAAAUUAUGACGUUUUUUAUAAGAUAGGGGUGUGCCUGUGUCAAUGACCAGCUUCCCUUGGCUGUCAGAAAUUCAUUUUAAGCAUAAAAAUACAAGAAGAGGCCUGCUGGAUCAGACCAAUGGUUCACCUAGUCCAGCAUCCUGUUUCACACACUGGACACACUGGACAAGCAACAACUGGGACACAGAAGACAAGGCCUUCCAUUGAUGCUGCCGUUCAGGGCUUUUUUUUA